UGUAUUGCAGAUAAAAAUAAAUGCAUAACUUGUAUGUGGAAUCAGCAGGGGACACCGAAGGAGAACUACACACUGUACUACAGGAUCUUAAACUUUGAAUCCCAACCUGCUCUUCCUUGUCGUAACUAUCUUCAGGAUGGUCAGAUUAAUAUUGGCUGCUGGAUCAAUGCCCCUACAGUCAAUCUUUUCUCACCUUUUGUUGUGCAGCUGAAUUCUACUAAUAGAGACAAACCAAUAAUUCGGGAGUAUGAAAGAAUGCAAACGAUGGUCAAGUUGGACCCUCCAUAUAACCUGACAAUAAAGGCAACAAAUCACUCUGAGUUGCUUCUACAAUGGCAGUUUGACCAUGGACAUUUUCCUGUCCUCUGCAUUUGCUUCCAGGUGGAACAUCAGAAUAUGGCCAGCAAGGAGGGGAAGGUAAAGGAAGUUAGAUCAGCGCUAUUUUCUUUGCCCAGUUAUGACCCUAAGCAGAUCUACACUUUUCGAGUCAGAAACAAAUUAUGCGAGAUUUGUGCAGACGCUAAAAUGUGGAGUGAGUGGAGCGAGGAAAUCACCUGGGGGAAAAAUGAAACGCUUAUCGUUGAAGCGUCCAUUGUGCAGAGUCUUGUAAUCUCCCUCAUGUCUUCAGUUCUCUUGCUGGUAUUGCUUUUUCUGUUGAUCCGCAUGGAAAGGAUCUGGGUGAUUUUGGUGCCUCGAAUUCCAAAUCCAGGAAAAAAAUUUGAAGAUCUUAUCAAGAUCCAUAAGGGAGACUUUCAGGAGUGGCUUGGGAUUUCCAAAGAGGCUGUGGAAAGUUUCAAGCAUAACUACACUGAGACACUGUGCAGUGUGAGCGAGGACCCAGAGUUCAAUGGGGGAGAUGCUAAACGUCACCCACCCAAUGGACCCACAAACCAGAACCUGCUUAAUUAAAGAGAAGAGGAAAGAGGGAUGUAGUAAUACCUAUCCUGUUUCAUAGUUAGUGGGGAAAACCAUUUUGAAAAUAAAAUAUUUUGUCCAUUCACAUUUGUGGUGGGAUGCUUAGUUUUAAAUGGAAAAAAUUUAUGUGAUUAUAGAUUCAAGCAAGAUAAACUGUUAGAUGAAUGGAUGUGUUGGAGAAGGCAGAUGGCUUUAGUAGAAAUGCCUAGGUUAGGCCUGAUCAUAUAUAUACACACAAAUAAAAAGCUGCAGUGGACUAGUAAGAAAUUAGGCUUUUAUCUAAUUUUAACUUUGAAUGGAUUAGUACAUUUUCCCUCUGAGUCUGAACUAGUUACCUUUCUGUAUAGUUAAGCAAAGUUAUAUUUUCCCACCCCUGUUGAUAAAUAUAUAGCCUGAGCCUGAUGUGUUCACUACCUACUGGUUGUCCGUCACAUGGUACAUUAUUCAGACUGAUGAAUGAGUCUGCCUUUAAGCCAGUUAAUUGCCUUGUCUUGAAGCCAAGACUUGAGAAUUACCUUUAAAAUGCUCUUGGUCCAAUUACAGCUAUUUGCUCACAGUCCAGCAUGUCUGCUUUUAUCCUGACUAUUCUUGUUGCCUAUCCGUUUGUCACCUUGAUUUUUCAAACCUUAGUCUAACCUAGGUGUCAAUCAUUAAGAUUUUUAGUGUUUGAGGUUUAUCAGCCUCAUGCCCACUUUAUAGCAUAACCAUUGCCUUGCAUCCCCUCUGAUAGUAUCAGCCCACAUCAGAUCACAACUGAUUCUUAAUUUGCCUAGCGAGCACUUCAAUCAUAUCUCACUUUGCUUCAUAGAAUUUAUUACAGAAGCAGAUCCAUCUCAGCAGACCAUGUGAUGGACCAAAUCAGUUUAUAGGGACACUCAAGUCAAAAUAAAGUUGUAUGAUUCAGAAAGACCAGGCAGUUUUAAGACACUUUUUUCAAUUUACUUCUUUAACCACUAGAACCUGUUUUGCAAAUCGGGCAUGAAAAAACAACAACUAAGUAACUAACUAGAAUAUUGGUCAUUUUACAGACUUUAAAACCCCACUAUUAUAACCAGAAAAAGCAGCAGACAUUUUUUAUGCAAGAUAUUAGUCUUGUUACUAGGCCAAAACCUUGCAAUAACACUUUUUCUUUACAAUAAACAAGGUUAGAAAAAAACUAUAAUGAGCAUUUUUACAGUAUAAUGAAUAUAAAUUAGACAUCAUACACACAUGUACUGUAUAUCAAUAAUGGCCCAGCUCAAAUGCAUGACUAAUUCAUUUACUAGUUUUGCUAUUAUUUUGGAAGUUAAAAUGUUAAUUUCACACAUGUAAAUUGCUAUUCUAGAACGGUAUUGAUGUAAACACCUGUAUAGUAGGGGAUAUACCUGCUGAAUGGCCAUUGUAUUAGUGAUUUGCAUUUGCAUAAGGUGUAACUGAUAGUAAGUUUUCUGGUAACUUCAUAAUGGGAAUCAUGAUUUACUUCCAGAACUGGUAACUUGUGCUAGAACGACAUUAAUGAUCAAGGGAGAAAACAUUACUUUAACUUGGUACCGAUUUACGCUAGAAAUCUCACGCAAAAUACUUCUUAACUUGCAAUCUAGGCCAUGGUUGUGAAACUGAGAGAUAGAGAAGAGCAAGAAGAUGCAGUAAAGUAGUCAGGGAGAAAUAGAUUAAGGGGAGAGAAGAAUAGAAGUGGUAAGAAGCUUAAUGGUGCAUAUGUGUUGUUGGCAUGAAAGGUGAAAAUUACUGCUUUGUGUGCUGCUUUCAAUAAGGUUAAUUAGUGCCCUCCACCUGUAGGAAGGUGUUAAUCACUGCUCUAUGUGUUGCUUUCAAUAAAAAAAUGUUGUGCCCUCCAGCUUUAGGAAGGGGUUAAUCACUGCUCUAUGCGUUGCUUUCAAUAAGGUUAUAUUAGUGCCCUCCAUCUGUAGGAAGGGGUUAAUCAUUCCUCUGUUUGUUGCUUUAAUAAAGGUUAAUUAGUGCCCUCUACCUGUAGGAAAGGGUUAAUCGCUGCUCUGUGUGUUGCUUUCGAUAAGGUUAAUUAGUGCUCUCCACCUGUAGGAAGGGGUUAAUCAUUGCUCUGUGCGUUGCUUCAAUAAUUUUAAUCAGUGCUUCCUCCUGUAGGAAGGGAUUAAUCACUGCUCUCUGUAAUGCUUUAUAUAAGGUUAAUUAGUGCCCUCCACAUGUAGGAAGGGAUUAAUCACUGCUCUGUGUGUUACUUUACAUAAGGUUAAUUAGUGCCCUCAACAUGUAGGAAGGGAUUAAUCACUGCUCUGUGUGUUGCUUUAAUAAAGGUUAAUUAGUGUCAUCUACGUGUAGGAAGGGGUUAGUCACUGCUCUGUGUGUUGCUUUAAUAAAGUUUAAUUAGUGCCCUCAACAUGUAGGAAGGGAUCCAUUACUGUUCUGUGUGUUGCUUUAAUAAAGGUUAAUUAGUGCCUUCUACCUGUAGGAAGGGAAAAAUCACUGCUUUGUGUGUUACUUCAAUAAUUUUAAUUAGUGCUUCCUCCUGUAGGAAGGAAUUAAUCACUGCUCUGUGUGUUGCUUUACAUCAGGUUAAUUAGUGCCCUCCACCUGUGUAAUGGGGUUAAUCACUGCUAUGUGUGUGUUGCUUUAAUAAAGGUUAAUUAGUGCCCUCUACCUGUAGGAAGGGAUUAAUCACUGCUCUGUGUGUUGCUUCACAUAAGGUUAAUUAGUGCCCUCCACCUGUAUGAUGGGGUUAAUCACUGUUCUGUGUGUGUUGCUUUAAUAAAGGUUAAUUAGUGCCCUCUACCUGUAGGAAGGGAUUAAUCACUGCUCUGUGUGUUGCUUCACAUAAGGUUAAUUAGUGCCCUCCACCUGUGUGAUGGGGUUAAUCACUGCUCUGUGUGUUGCUUUAAUAAAGGUUAAUUAGUGCCCUCUUCCUGUAGGAAGGGAUUAAUCACUGCUCUGUGUGUUGCUUUACAUAAGGUUAAUUAGUGCCCUCCACCUGUGUGAUGGGGUUAAUCACUGCUCUGUGUGUUGCUUUAAUAAAGGUUAAUUAGUGCCCUCUUCCUGUAGGAAGGGAUUAAUCACUGCUCUGUGUGUUGCUUUACAUAAGGUUAAUUAGUGCCCUCCACCUGUGUGAUGGGGUUAAUCACUGCUCUGUGUGUUGCUGGGACUACAUGAUUACGAAGAGUUUAGAUAGAAGAACUAUGUAUGUAUAGCUGGGUUAGGACAGAGAAAAGUGUUGGAUAGUUCCUGUUUUUGAAAUAAAUUGAAUUUACCCAUAAGCUCAAGUCCUUUUUGCAAACUAACAACAAACCUAAUGUAACAUUACACCAUGCAGAAAUAAAAUGUUUAAAUCAAUGCAAUCCAUUGAGACCUUUAUAGGUCUUUAGAGUGGGAUGAGAAAGAUGAAAUGUUGGUGAAAAAGAAGGUUAACAGAAUAUAAGUCACAUCUAGCUUUUGAAGUAUAGGGAUAUUGUUAAAUCCUAAAUUGUUCUCUUCUGACUGUCAAAAAACAUCUAAUUUACUGCUAUUAUAAAAUUCUUAAUUCUCAUGCUAUUCUUUGUUGAAAAGCAUACCUAGAUAGGUAGCAUGCCGAGUCUUAGGUAGCAUUGCUGCCAUCUAGUGCUCUUGAAAAUACAUGAUUGUUUAUUAAAAAUAUUCUUGCAAAACUGAUGCCAUAAAGUGCUCCACACACGUGCACGCUCACAAGCCUACCUACUUGCUUUUCAACAAAAAUAUACCAAGAGAAAGAGGUAAAUUUGAUUAUAGAAGUAAAUUGGAAACUUUUUAAAAUUGCAUGAAUCAUGAAAGAAGAAAUGAGGAUUUCAUGUCAUUUUAACAUAUACUGUAUGUAUAAAUGGACUUGUGGCCAUUGUAUAUUGUAAAUGUAGAUAGGGUUGCCAGGUGUCCAGAAGUCAACUGUACAGUCUAGUGUUUUAGCAGGCUGUCCAGUAAAAUCUUCACAAAAAUAAUGGACACUUAAAUGUCCAGUUUUUUAAAGUCCCUGAUUGUUAGCUAAAUGUAAAUGGGCUUCUAUGCCUCAACACAUUACAAAUAUUUAGCAGAAAGAAGUGUAGGCCAGUCAAUGGGUCAAAUCACUUCUGUUAACAUGCAACUAAAGAGGUAAAAAUGAUUGAUUUGUGUAUUACUAGCAGCCAAGAGGUAAAAUGACUGCUCAGUAGUGAUAAAUAUACAUGUGGGAUCAAGAGUGGGGAUUAAGGUAUGGGGGUGGGUGGGAUUGUGUGACCCGACCUACCACCAUCAUGCCCAGUAACUGACAGAUUGUACAGUAUUUUUGUGGAGGACCGCUGGCGACCCUAAAUAUAUGGCAUAGGACAUAUUACUGGACAUUUUGUUUAACAUUCAAAUCUUCUAUGCCACAAAAAUACUGCAUGUUUUGCUUUUAUUGACUUUAUUUUUGCUCUAUCAAUUCUUUUUUUAAGAAAAACAUUUAUUUUUACAGUUGCUUUGUUUUAAGCGUUAGGAUUCUGAUUCCUAUUAACAAGUUCUGCUACAUAAAAUAAAAUUGAUCACUUA